AUGGGUUCAAAGACAGGAGUUUUGUAUGUGGUGGCAUUAGUAUUCACAAUAAUCUUGGCUCUUGAAACGACAAGUUCCUCAGCUGAUCUCUCUCCAAACUACUACGACUACUCAUGUCCAGCUGCCUUACCAGCCAUCAAGAAGGUUGUGGAGGCUGCAGUCUCGAAGGAACGUCGUAUGGGAGCUUCUCUACUACGUCUCCACUUCCAUGACUGUUUCGUCCAAGGUUGUGAUGGCUCAAUACUUCUGGAUUCAUCGGACACUAUUGACAGUGAAAAGCUAGCUAUUCCGAAUGCGAACUCCAUUAGGGGAUUCGAGGUCAUUGAUGACAUCAAGGCCGAGGUCGACCGUGUCUGUGGCGGUUCAGUCGUCUCCUGCGCCGAUAUCUUGGCCGUUGCUGCUCGUGAUUCUGUGGCAGCGCUAGCAGGCCCCUCAUGGGUGGUGCCACUAGGAAGAAAAGACUCAACCACAGCCAACAGGGACUUAGCCAACCGCGACAUCCCACCACCAUUCCUCGACCUUGCGGCACUCAUCGCCAACUUCAAAAACCAGGGCCUCGACGAGAGAGACCUCGUCCUCCUCUCCGGGGCCCACACUCUAGGGUUUGCUCAGUGCACAUCCUUCAGGGCUCGCGUCUACAACGACACCAACAUCGACCCCGCUUUCGCCGAAAUGCUCAAAGGAGUGUGCCCUACCGUCGGAGGUGAUACAAACCUCUCUCCUUUGGACCCCUCACCAGCCGAAUUCGACCAGAGGUACUUCACCGAAUUGACUUACUACAAAGGACUUCUUCACUCCGAUCAGGAACUCUUCAAGGGCGGCGCCACCGAUGAAUUGGUCAGGCAUUACAGCAUCAACGGGGAAGCUUUCACGUCAGAUUUUUCCAGGUCGAUGAUUAAGAUGGGAAAUAUUAAGCCUUUGACUGGGUAUGAAGGUCAAGUCCGUAUCAAUUGCAGGAAAGUCAACCAAUAA